UCCACUUGCACACCCCCCUCCCCUUCCAAUCUCUCCACGCCACUUUCUCUCUCUACCACUUCUCUCUCGAAAUCUCUGUUCUUCUCGUUUUUCACUGCCUUCUCUGUUUCGAACAACAGGGAGACUUCUUUUAUCUUUUAAUUCUGGUACAGUAAAAGUAUUGGGAUUUUACUUGGUGUUUCUUGAUUAAUGCCCUCGUUUUUCUGGUUUCACGGCGUGUUUUUGGAGCAAACUUGAGUGGAAAAGAGUUGGCGAUGUUUGGGCUACAUUUGAAGCAGUACCUGUUGAAGUUGCGUUUUCGUGUAUUUGGAGCUUCUAUUUUCUCCUGGAUUUCUAGCUAUGUUUGAUUGGAACGACGAAGAGUUAACAAACAUCAUAUGGGGUGAGGGUGGAGAAAGUGAUGAUCACAUUGUUCCGUAUCCUGAUCAAAUUGAGGAGAAACCUCCAGUUUUAUUUGGGGAUCCAUCUAAGAAGGAAACCAAUCAGCAAAUUUCAAAUGUUAGUCCUGUUGAACAGAAAAAGCCUAUUAUCAAAUCUGAACAUGAAGUUGAACUAGAUGGCAGUUCCAAGUAUGACAUUAGUGAGCCUGCAACGGGAUUUGGUAUGGAUUCAUGGCCUGAGGGGCCUGGUCCUUCCUCAUCAAAUGCUGCAAAAGCUGAUCAAGGGUCUUUGGGCACUGCUGCAUCAAGCAAUAUAACAAAAGGUUCAAAAAGUGGCUCCUCCAGAGACGAUACACCUCAAUUUGAUAAAGAUUCUGAGAUAUUUGAAAAUCCACCCGAAGAUGGAGAACAAGGUGAUUUCGUUGAUUAUGGCUGGGCAAAUAUUGGAAGUUUUGACGAUCUGGACAGGAUAUUUAGCAACAAUGACCCAAUAUUUGGAGACAUUGGAGUCGGAAAUACUGAUGAGCUGUGGUCAUCUUCCAAAGAUGUAACUAGUAGUCCUCUUGGACCUAUUCCUUUGUCUGGUGAUUCUUCUGAUUUGCCACUCGGAGCACUGAGGACGUCAACCGAUCGAUCUGAGUCUAAAGCUCAAUACAUGUUAGAUCCCAGCCAAUCUUUUAUGUCUGAGUAUGACAAAUUGAACGAGAUCACUUCACAUACUCCACAGGAUGUACAGGCAAGCAUAGAUACUGUAGAACAUUCUGGAGGUAAAAGUGAGCUAGUUGAGGAAAAGACUUUUGUGACGGGUGGAGAGAUCCAAGCAUGCCAGCAACUUAAUGACAGAACUACUCCAACCCUUGGUGAAUUCGCGGAGAAAUUGUCUUCAUGUGUUCAGGGUAAUCGGCAGAAGAGACUGCUGAAGGGUCAGAAGUUGGACAAAAAAAGCGAAGUCAGACAGCUGCAUGACUUAAGUGGUACAUGGACCUCAUCUGGGAGCCCAUUGCAACAAGUUAACAUCCAGUAUGCAACUUCAAUGGUCAAUGCAUGUCCACCUUUGGCACUAGCUCAGCAGAUGACACUUCAGCGGCCGGAGCCUUUUCAACAGAAAAACUUUGCCAGCGCACCUCUGGCAUCUCCAUUGUACGGGAAUAUGGUGAACCACUAUCCUGCGACUUCUGUCUUGGCACAGUUCCGUCCUGGGGAAGGAAGCCGUGAACUAGUGUCCUCUUAUGAAGUUUCUCCGGCCAAUGCAAAUUCUUUAAAGACUUCAGAGGAUGCUUCAGUUAAGCCUCCAGCAAUGACUCCAAAAGAAAAAAUAGAAAAGCUAAGGAGGCGGCAGCAAAUGAGAGCAAUACUUGCUAUUCAAAAACAGCAGCUGCAAUUUGGUAAUCAGGUAACAGUUUCAGAACAUUCUAGCAUGGAAGGAGGGAAAACAGAGGUUGAUGAAAGUUUUAGCAGUUUUCCUUCCCUUGAACCAAACUCGCCCAUAGAACAGGAUGAUUCUAAUACAAUCAGCAUGGCUUUUGACAAUUACUCAGUGGAGGAAUCAGUACUCUAUCGGCUUCAGGAUACCAUUGCUAAGUUGGACAUACGGAUAAGACUUUGCAUUCGGGACAGUUUGUUUCGACUAGCCCAAAGUGCCAUGCAGAGGCAGUAUGCUAAUGAUACAAGCAGUGCCAGCACAAGCAGCAGAGAUGAAGUGCUCAGCAACAAAGAUAUAGUUAGCCAAGAGAGGUUCCCUAAGAUUCCCGAUGUAGAGACAGAUACCAAUCCAAUAGAUCGGACUGUCGCACAUUUGCUCUUCCAUAGACCAAUGGAUUUCUCUGGUAAACCUGGUGAGACACCUGAGUCACCUCUAUCUGCCAAUAUCCCUUAUGAAAGGAAAGCAAAUCCGUUGAAAAGCUCAGCAAAGGGGUAUUUUCCUGAAACUUUCGAGAAUACUCAGAUGACAUCCCCACAAGGAUCAAAAUCUCCAGGCAUAUUCUCCAAAACCGAUCAAUCUAGAAAUGCCCCCUGCUUCAUCCCAUCUGAGAAUGCACCAAAGAAUGAAAAUGCAGGCCAAGGACAGAAGAUGAUUGAAACCUCCAAAUGAAGAAAAACUGUGCCUCUAAAAUGUCUUAUCAGGCCAACUGGAUUCUCUCAAACCUGGUUGCGGAAUAGUCACAUCUGAUAAGUCGAUGGGAUUUAUGUUCUAAGUUUCUGCAAAACAUGUUGAAGUGUUUGUGUGGUUGCUUUCACAUUUCCCCCCGUCAAGAUCUGUAAACCUAUUAUGAAGACCUCGAUAGACGUGUAUUCAUUUUUUUAGUGUCUUUAAGUUUGUAUCUUGUCUUGGAAGGCUUAAUGCGGUGAAGCUGCAAAAACUUCAACCAAACAAGUUUCAGCUUACUAUUUGCAGCUCCUACGAUGUGGUGUGUGAAUCCAACUUAACUAACAUCCUCAGCAUCUUUAUGUUUUGUCUGUAACAUUAACGUAGUUCGCCUGCCUAAUGGCUGCUCAAUGAAUUGCAGCGCAUGUUGACGUAUUUCCAUUA